AUGGAUAACUGGGCAGCGAAGCUUGGGGAACCGAGGCCGGUCGCUGCAGCGACAGCAGUGACAACUGGCGCAGCAACAGCUGGUAGCAGAACCGGAACUGCCAAGGGUGCAGCUGAAAGACGUGAUAAGCAUGCAGGUGAUGCAGACGCAGAGGCAGCGUCUACUGCGAACACUGCGAACACUGCUUCUCCGUUCAACGCUGCAGAAAUCGACAACUACCUCCGCGGAGUCUACACCCGGUUCUCCACCGACUCCGUCAUCUACACUCCCCUCGAAUCAACGUCACAAUGGAAAACAAAAGUCGACCGCAGAGCAAGCAUAAAGGAAAAGAACGGGGCGCGCAACGUUAUACGUCACGACCGGCUGCAGGUGGACAUUUUGUUUGAAUUGAACCGACUGGUGUACCAGCAGCAGCGGCGCAAGUAG